AUGACCGUUACCAUCAAAGAACUGACUAACCACAAUUACAUUGAUCACGAAUUAUCGGCCACACUAGACUCAACGGACGCGUUCGAGGGUCCUGAGAAGCUGCUGGAAAUCUGGUUCUUUCCUCACAAGAAUUGCGUCAGCUCCGAAAAGACGCUAAGAGAUAUUGUCAUGGAGAAAUGGAUCGAGAUUUUGAAACUAGUCAAGUGCGAGGUUCUUUCCAUGAAGAAGACUAAAGAACUGGACGCCUUUUUGCUGAGUGAGUCCUCGCUCUUCGUUUUCGAUCACAAAUUGACGUUGAAGACGUGCGGUACUACAACGACAUUGUUUUGUCUUGACAAGCUUUUCCAAACCAUUGAGCAAGAGCUGUCAUGGGUUUUCCAGAAAACACCGGGGGGUAAGUACAAGCCAUUCAAAGUAUUCUAUUCCAGACGAUGUUUUCUUUUCCCCUGCAAGCAAGCUGCUAUCCAUCAAAACUGGGCAGACGAAGUAGACUAUCUGAACCAAUUUUUUGACACCGGUAAGAGUUAUUCCGUUGGAAGAAAUGACAAGAGCAAUCAUUGGAACCUGUAUGUCACUGAGACGGAUCGGUCGGCUCCUCAAGUGAAGGAGUGUAUUGAGGAUGACGACGAAACCUUUGAAGUUCUAAUGACGGAGCUGAACCCUGAGUGUGCUAGCAAAUUUGUUUGCGGCCCAGAAGCAUCUACAACCGCCCCUGUUGAGCCGAACGAAGACAAGGGCCACAACCUCGGCUACCAAAUGACUAAGGAAACUAAGCUUGACGAAAUAUACGUGAACUCAUCUCAAGACUCCAACCUAUCAUUUCACCACGACGCGUUUGCAUUCACACCGUGUGGCUACUCGUCUAACAUGGUUCUCGAUGAAAGAUACUACUACACCCUGCAUGUGACUCCAGAAAAGGGCUGGUCAUACGCCUCUUUCGAAAGCAACAUACCCGUUUUCGAUAUUUCUCAAGGGAAGCAAGACAAUUUGAACGUUCUUCUACACAUUCUGAACGUCUUCCAGCCAAGAGAAUUCUCGAUGACCUUCUUCACCAAGAAUUAUAAGAAUCAGUCCUUUCAAAAACUACUAAGCAUCAAUGAAUCACUUCCUGACUAUAUCAAACUAGACAAAAUUGUCUAUGAUCUGGACGACUACCACCUUUUCUACAUGAAACUUCAAAAGAAAAUAUGA